AGCACCACACAUAGGAUGAGCGAUGAAACCACCUCCAGACCAGACACGCAUGUAGUGAGGAGCCCACUAGCUUCAACCAUGUAGUGAGGGCUGGGCUGUGACUGACAACUCCCGGCAUGCCGUGCAAACAGAACUUUCGUCAGGUGAUUGGGAAAGCUUCGUUUGGUUCCCUAGCAACGGGGAAGCGAGCGGUAACCGCAGCAACUGGAGUCGCAGACCGACGGACGCCGGGGACUCUCUUACCGGCUCGGGGCUUCUCCGCGAGCGUUGUGGGACUCUGGGUUCCGUGGCAGGAUCACUGAAGGAGAGAUGUCGGAGAAUCCGGCUGGUGUGGCUCCGGAUCCACGAGAGCUACAGAUCCAAAAUGCUAAAGCCUAUCUACUGCAGGCGGGGUCAUCCGGGGUCAGCCUAUAUGAACAUCUUGCUGCCCUUCUGUCACGGAUCCUGUCAGAGCGUCCUCCUAAUGCCCUGGAUGUCCUGGAGCAGCUGAGCACAGAACUCCACUGGUCCAGACUGAACAAAGGUCUGGAUUCACUGCGCACCCUGAGAGAUGACCCUCCCACCUACCUUAAGGCGGAGUCUCAACGGGCACUGUUCUUUCGGGGUGCGGGGGAUGGCGAGGAGAUCGAAGGAGACGGGGAGAUGACAGACUCUCCACUUCCUAACCUCUUUGACCUUGCUCACCUUCUUCAACAAGGAGGAGUGAGUUUGGGACGAGAUGAAAUAGUACGGAUAGCCCUUGCCUUGAAACGUCUUAUUGACAACCAUCCAAUCCAGUACUGCCGCUUCUGGGGCAAAAUCUUGGGUAUUACUGGCAGUUAUUUGGUGGCAGAGGUGCAGUUUCGUGAAGGUGAAGAUGAAGAAACUGAGGAGGGUGCAGAAGAGGAAGAGAAAGCAGCAGAGCAAGAGGAGGAGGAUGAAGAUAAAGAGGAAGCAGAAGACUUGCCCCCGCAGUCCACUUACCGCCCUCCCCCAUUAGUGCCCCGAGAGGACAAUGGUACAGGUGCAAAUAAAUAUGUGUAUUUUGUGUGCACUGAAGUUGGGUCAGAAUGGGUCAGGCUACCUCCAGUUACACCUGCACAGAUCACAGCUGCACGAAAGAUCAAACGUCUCUUCACUGGAAAUCUCGAUGCUCCAGUUAUCACUUAUCCCCCAUUUCCGGGAACAGAAGCAAACCUUCUGCGCGCUCAGAUUGGCCGGAUCUCCGCAGGCACCCAUGUCAGCCCUCUGGGUUACUACCAGUUUGGAGAAGAAGAGGGGGAAGAAGAGGAGGAAGGAGCAGCUAGAGAUACAUAUGAGGAGAACCCAGAAUUUGAAGGAAUUCCAGUGACUGAACUGGUAGACAGCUUGUCUACUUGGGUUCACCAUGUCCAGCACAUACUGCCGCAGGGGCGCUGUGUUUGGUUGAACACUGCUGUAAAAUCUGAACAAGAGGUAGAAGAAGAGGAAGGAGAGGAGGAAGAGAAGGAGGAGGAAGAGGAACCAGAACCUGAAGUGGGCCCACCACUCCUUACCCCUCUAUCUGAGGAUGCAGAGAUCAACAAUACACCUCCAUGGACAGCUUCUCUAUCUUCCCAUCUCAUCCCUCAGUAUGCUCUUGCAGUUCUCCGUUCCAACUUAUGGCCUGGAGCAUACACCAUUGCCAGCUCUAAAAAAUUUGAAAACAUUUACAUUGGUUGGGGAGUAAAAUACAGCCCUGAGGUAUACAGCCCCCCUGCUCCUCCUCCACCCCAGUCGGAGUACCCAAGUGGACCAGAGAUUAGUGAAGGUUUAGACCCUACAGUAGAGGAGGAACAAGCUCUGAAGGCCGCACAGGAAGAGGCUGCGGCUGCUGCAGAAGAGGCAGAGGAGGAAGAGGAAGAAGAAGAGGAAGAGGACGAUGACUAAUGCAGUUCCUUACUUUUUGUUUCUUUAAGUAAUAUAUGAAAUAAAGUUUUGUUUGUUUGAGAGUUGGCUGGCUGCACAUGUGGUACACACAUCUAUAGAAGCGUGAAACACAAAUAUAACACAAGACAAAAAGACAAGGCGCUGCAAGUAAACAAUCUCCCACACAGCACAACAUGAGGUGACUCAAUCAGGAAAGGUUUCAUAUGUAAUACAAUAUCCAACAGUAGUGAUAGACAAGUUGUUAAAGUUAUGUAAUCAAACUGAUGUACAUAUACAUAAAACAACACCAAAGAGCAGCAGGUGGAGAGCAGCCCGUCACAUGUACAAGAUCCAUCUUCAGACGCUACAUUCAAACACAUCCUAUAUCUUAUACCAGUAGGACACACUUUAUGGUAUUUAUUUUAACAUUCUCAUACUAGUAACGCCUGUGGUUCAUACUUAGGGGUAAAUUUACUAAAGAUUCUAAAAAUUAAAAGUGGUGAUGUUGCCCUUAAGAACCAAUUAGAUUCUGUCUAUCAUUUCUCUAUUGCAUCUUUGAAAAUGAUAGGCAGAAUCUGAUUGAUUGCAAUGGACAACAUCACCACUUUUCAUUUUUAGAACCUUUAGUAAAUUUACCACUUAGGGGUAUAUGCAAUUCCGGGCGAAUUGUGGCACUUUUUCGCCCGUUUUUAAAUUCGACACAAUUCGACCGUCGAAUUCCGGCAGGUGGGUGCCGGAAUUCGACAUAUUCAAUAAAAAACGAAUUCGACAGUCCCGGUGUCGAAAAACGGCCGAUUUGACGGAUUUUGAUUAGAUUUUUAAAAAUGUUUAAAAAACGGUAAAAAACCCGGAAAAAAAUUGCGUGGGGUCCCCCCUCCUAAGCAUAACCAGCCUCGGGUUCUUUGUGCCGGUCCUGGUUGCCAAAAUACGGGAAAAAAAAUGACGGGAUCCCCCGUAUUUAAACAACCAGCACCGGGCUCUGCGCCUGGUCCUGGUGCAAAAAAUACGGGGGACAAAAAGAGUAGGGGUCCCCCGUAUUUUUUGUACCAGCACCGGGCUCCACUAGCUGGACAGAUAAUGCCACAGCCGGGGGUCACUUUUAUACAGCGCCCUGCGGCCGUGGCAUUAAAUACCCAACUAGUCACCCCUGGCCGGGGUACCCUGGAGGAGUGGGGACCCCUUCAAUCAAGGGGUCCCCCCCCAGCCACCCAAGGGCCAGGGGUGAAGCCCGAGGCUGUCCCCCCAUCCAAGGGCUGUGGAUGGGGGGCUGAUAGCCUUGUUGAAAAUGUAAGAAUAUUGUUUUUUUCAGAAGAACUACAAGUCCCAGCAUGCCACCCCCGCAAGCCGGUAAUUGGAGAACCACAAGUACCAGCAUGCGGGGGGGAAACGGGCCCGCUGGUACCUGUAGUUCUACUGCAAAAAAAAUACCCAAAUAAAAACAGGACACAGACACCGUGAAAGUAUAACUUUAUUACAUACAUGCCGACACACAUACUUACCUAUGUUGACACGCCGACUAUGGCCACGUCUCCAAUGUCGACGUCCGGGGUACCUGAAAAUAAAAUUAUACUCACCUGA